AAAAAAAAAUAUUUUUCAAAAAUAAUAAUUUAACGGCCUGUUCCACGAUAUCGAAAGAACACGUUCGCACAACUUUUACACGACAAACAGCUGAUUUCCGUUCCACUAAAAUCCAUCAGAACGAAAAUUUGCACGAAAAUCAAUGCGAACGAAAACGUAAGCGUUUCAGUGUAAUUUUGCGUUCCACUAUCUUUUUUCUUUCGUACGCAUGCGAACACAAAUGUCAAAAUCAGUCACUUGUGUGUUUGCUGUCGUACGAUAACAAUUAAGGAAAAUCUGUUUUAAAACAUAAACAUUGCUUAAUUGAAAAUGGAAACAAAAAUCACGAAAAAAUCAUCAACUACACAGCUGCGGGCACUAGUUGAGUAUAUGGAGGAGAAUCCCGAGUUUGCCAGAGGAGUGCCAAUUUUUGGAAGCAGCAGGCAAUCCCUGGAGGACCACUGGAAGAAGUUAGUUUUUAAAUUAAAUACCAUGGGUCCUCCUUCCCGCACAAUUGCAGAGUGGAAAAAGGUAAGUCAGAAAACUCGGCUUACGAUCUAUUUGUCUGACCGGCAUUACUAUUUACUGACGUGGGCCGAUCUAAAGUCCCGCACCAAAAAGAAAAUUGCGGAAAAUAAAAAAGGGCUGCAAGGUACAGGGGGUGGUUUAUACCGGUUUGAGUGCCUAACGGAGCUGGAAACAGCAAUUGACCGGACACUCUUCUUGUCGAAGUCCGCAGCACCAAGUGGUAAAACUUUUGGCUACGCGGACGAAAUAGAUUACUGCUUCGAGGCAUUGGAUACCACCCCAUCAAGACCAUCCAAGGCCGUAGCAGUGGUAACACCUACCAGGCAGUUCAGUUCCCCAGAAUCACAUACCCAACAACAACAAAUAAACGUAAAAACCUGUACCAUCACAACUCAACAA